CUGCACUUUGCAUUCAGUCGCGAAUUUAAACGUUAUUAAGACAGUGACACAGAAUGCCGUACAGACCAGCGAACUUCUACGAUGCUGAUCUCAAAGUCUGGAGCGGUGGCAAAUUGGAAUACUACUUUGACCCACAUCUGUCCAUCGGAGAGAUAAUCUUUCAGGAGAUGCGGCGGCAUCCGCAGCUCAUAGCUCAGAUCUCGGCUACUGAGAACACGAUACUCACCAGAGCGGAGCUCCACGCCAACUCGAUGCAUGUGGCCAGCUUUAUGCGAUCCGAGGGACUUCUUCAAUCCGAUGUGGUGGGGAUUAUUGGCAGGAAUACCACCCACAUGUCCGCCGUUGCCUACGCCUGCUUCUUCAAUGGCAUCGCCUUUCACUCGCUCAACAUUUCGUACGAACAGAGUACCAUCGAAAAGUUAUUCGAGAUCACCAAGCCCCGACUUAUUUUCUGCGAUGGCGAUGAGUUCGAGAAGGUUCGAGCUGCCACCUCUCAACUGGAUGUGAAGAUCAUCACCAUGCGCAAUCAUCAUAGGGAUUCCAUCCGGAUAGAUGAAGUACUGGCUACUCCCAUUGAGGUGGACUUCCGGCCAGCUCGCCUGGAACAGGGUAACGAUCAGACUCUGGCCAUUCUCUGCUCCUCGGGCACAACGGGAAUUCCAAAGGCUGUGACCAUUACCAAUAGUCGACAGAUCCUCAAUAAUAGCCACGUUCUGACCACCAACGACGUUCAGUACACCCACAGUACGCUCGACUGGAUCACCGGACUUCUGACCACCGUCACAUCGGGUGUCUUUAGCACCAAACGAAUCAUAGCCGACAAUGUCUUCGAUCCGGCUUUCUUUAUGCGACUCGUCGAGGAGCACCAGAUCACGUGGAUUAUCCAGGCACCUGCCCACAUGGCCAUGAUGGCCAACUCACCGGCUUUCGGCACCUCCGACUUGUCAAGCCUGCGGUUCUACCUUUUUGGAGGAUCUCGGGCUUCGGUGGAGACGCAGCAUUUGAUAAGAAAUCGCCUCAGCAAGGACUGCCUGCACUUUGCCUACGGGUUUACUGAGCUGGGCAGCAUGGCCUCCAUGAACUUUCACUUCGACGAGAAGCCCAAUUCGGUGGGUCGAUUGGUGACGGGCAUGAAGCUGAAGGUAAUCUGCGAAAAGGGCGAGUCCCUGGGACCCGACGAAGUGGGCGAGCUGUGCCUCUGCAACGAUCAAUACUGGGCCGGGUAUUACGGCAAUCCGGAGGAAACGCACAAGAUGCGAGAUCCUCAGAUGUGGUUCCACAGCGGAGACCUCGGAUUCGUGGAUGACGAUGGCUUCAUUUACAUUGUGGAGCGCAAGAAGGACAUGCUCAAGUACCAGAACAUCAUGUACUAUCCAAAUGAGAUCGAGAGUGUCAUCUCAGAGAUGCCGGACGUGGCCGAGGUCUGUGUCUUCGGGGUGUGGAAUCAGAUCUCCGGGGACGAGGCCACUGCCGCCGUGGUUAAAAGGGUGGGCAGUGGACUCACAGCCCAGGAUGUCGUCGAUUACGUAGCCACACAUAUCGAUGCCAAGUACAAACAGUUGAAUGGAGGAGCCAUCAUCAUGGAGGAUCUGGUGCGCAGUCCCAAUGGCAAGACCAACCGCAUGGCCACCAAAGCCUUCUUCUUGGAGGCCAAGAAUGCUAGCUAAACAGAAAAUCUCAAAAUAUAUUUUUUGUAUCAAAGAAUUGUCACAAAGUUGCUAGAGAAACCAAUAAAAUUACAAUCUAACUUUA